AUGUUUAAAAAAAUUCAAACUAUUAUCAUACUUUUGAAUGGUUUAACAACUCUAUUUGCGCAAUUUCAGGGACCAUAUAACAUCAACUCGGAUUAUUCAUACGUCCGUAAAGAGCAGAAAAUAAAAGCAAAAAAUGGGGAAAAACACCAAGUUGAUUACUGUGAAAAGAUUUUCGGUGUCAGUCUUGGGGGUUGGUUGGUAUUAGAGCCUUGGAUUGUUCCAAGUCUCUUUGAAGAAGCAUACGAAAAAACAGGUGAAAUGCCGGUAGAUGAAUAUACUUUUACAAAACUAUUGGGGCAAAGGGAAGCAGAAAAGGUUUUAGAAGAACACUGGUCAACCUUCUAUACGGAGGAAGACUUCCAGGAUAUAGUGGAUCAUGGAAUAAAUAUGGUGAGAAUCCCCGUGGGCUAUUGGGCAUUUGGUUUGCUUGAAGAUGAUCCCUACAUUCAGGGACAAGAAUACUAUUUGGAUCAGGCUAUAGAAUGGGCGGACAAGUAUAAUUUGCAAGUGCAAAUUGAUCUUCACGGUAUGCCAGGGUCUCAGAAUGGGUUUGAUAAUUCGGGGAAACGGACCGAGCCUACAUGGUUGGAUGAAAAAGAAAAUAUGGACUUAACCUACAAAGUUGUUGAAUAUUUUUUCAAUAAAUAUGGAGGCGAGGAAUAUGAGGAUAUUAUCACAAGUAUUGAAGUAGUAAACGAACCAUUUGCAUUUAUACUUGACAAGGAUGAUUUGCGCGAGUUUUAUGAAUACGCCUAUCAAUGUGCUCGAGAGAAUGGUGUAAAAGCCAAUUUAUUUUACCACGACGGAUUCUUGCCAAUUGGUUCAUGGGAUGGAUUUAUGAAUGAUUCUAGUACAUACUCCAAUAUCACAAUUGACCAUCACCUCUACGAAAUAUUCUCGGAACAUCAAAUCGCAUUGGACAUAGAUCAACAUAUUAAGAAUGUUGAAGAUCAAGGUGAAGCUAUGGCUCUCCAGCCUCAUCACAGGGUCGUUGGUGAGUUUUCGGGAGCUAUUACCGAUUGCACUAAGUAUAUAAAUGGCGUAGGGUUUGGAGCAAGGUAUGAUGGAACAUUUUCGAAAACAAAGCCGAUCGGAAGUUGCAAAAACCAUUCUGAUUUCGACUCGUGGUCAGAAGAGUUUAAAAACAGUACUAAAGAGUUUAUCAGAGCCCAAUUUGAAACCUACGAAGAGAAAGGAGACGGGUGGAUUUUUUGGUGCUUCAAAACCGAAGAUGCUAUUGAAUGGGAUUUCAAAAGAUUGGCUAGCUUAGACAUGUUGCCCGAAUCCUUUUUAAAUAGAAGGAAAUGUCAAAAUUUGAAGGCUACGCAAAGACUGAACAAGACCGAAAAGAACGAAACCACGCUUGAAAAAACAAGCGACAGUUGCAGAAAUAUUGAUAAAACAAUACUUAAUUUUCAUAGGUUUCAAGCAACCGAUUUCAUAUCUGUAGUAUUAGUUUCUUUGAUUUUAUUGAUUUUUGUUGCAACUCCAUAA